AUGUCAAUACAUCAUAACAGGUGUCAGCACGGUUUCAUAUUUUAAAAUUCUAACAAGUUUACUAUCUAUAUACCACAGCUUUCAUGAACUGGAAGGUAAAGUUGAGUUGCGCAGGAACCUUGCGCAGUCAGUUAAGCAGAGUCCACUGGCGAAAGUAGUGGGGCUGCCCAGGAGAAAGAUGGCCGCCACCAGCGAGGAACCGAGUGUUAUGGAGCCUUCUCAGACGAAUUCUGGGCAAAGUCAGCCCGUCGAUCCGCUAAAGAUGCUUUAUCCGAUGGUAAACGAAGAGGAAACGCCGCUGCCACGCUCAUGGAGUCCCAAGGACAAGUACAAUUACAUCGGCCUCUCCCAAAACAAUCUUCGUGUUCACUACAAAGGUUAUGGAAAAACUCACAAGGAUGCUGCAAGUGUCCGUACAACACAUUGCAUACCAGCAGCUUGUGGUCUCUAUUAUUUUGAAGUGAAGAUCGUUAGUAAAGGCAGAGAUGGUUACAUGGGAAUUGGCCUGUCUGCCCAUGGAGUAAAUGUGAACAGGUUGCCAGGCUGGGACAAACACUCCUAUGGGUAUCACGGAGAUGAUGGGCAUAGUUUCUGUUCUUCUGGAACAGGACAACCUUAUGGACCCACAUUCACCACAGGAGAUGUAAUUGGAUGUGGUGUAAAUCUUGUCGACAACACUGCCUUCUAUACGAAAAAUGGACAUCAUCUUGGUAUUGCCUUCACUGAUCUUCCGCCAAAUUUAUAUCCAACUGUGGGUCUUCAAACGCCAGGGGAAGUAGUCGAUGCAAACUUUGGACAAGAACCAUUUGUUUUUGAUAUCGACGACAUGCUUAACGAACUUCGUGUUAAAACAAGAUUGCAAAUUAUAAACUAUCCCACGCCAGAUCAUGGUCAGGGUCAGUGGCAAGCAGUCCUUCACAAAAUGGUGUCGACAUAUUUGGUCCAUCACGGAUACUGUGCCACUGCCGAAGCAUUUGCCAAUAGUACUGGUCAAGGAUUUGAAGAAGAUCUUAAUUCCAUUAAAAAUAGACAAAAAAUUCUAAAGUUGGUACUGGCGGGUAGAAUGGGAGAAGCAAUAGAGUUAACCAGUCGACUGUAUCCAGGUCUUCUGGAACGGGAUCCUAAUCUUCUCUUCGCACUCAAAUGUCGGCAGUUCGUUGAAAUGGUGAACGGUAGUGACUCCGAAAUCACCCAAAAUUCCAAUGUCAAUCAAACUAGUGUUAUACAAUCUACGAAGGCUUACACCAAAUCUUCAGCAAAUGGCAACGUCGAGGAGAUGAACAUGAACAAUGCCAUGAAUGGUUCCACCGAACAACAGCUGGUUAAUGGACAAAUUGAAAACGAUGUAGAUAUGGAAGAGAAUGUUAUAAAUGGUAUGAAAAGUAAUACCGAAAACGGUUAUCAAAACGGUGAUUUGAAUACAAACGGGUAUAAGUGUCAGAACGGGGAAGACGUCGACAUGGAAACCAACAGUGUCAAUCAAAUUCAGCAACAACAGAACGGUAAUUGCAAUAUGGAGAACACAUCGAAUAAGAAUAACAAGAAACAGCUUUGCGGCGGGGAUAAACAGGCAAUCGAGAAGAUGUUGGAAUUCGGGAGGCAGUUAUAUUCUCAGUCGAUACAUCUGCGACAACAACAAGGAAAAAACGAAAGCAAUAAAAAGAUGCUUCAAGAUGCGUUCAGUCUUCUAGCAUAUGCAAAUCCGUGGAAUUCACCGGUAGGUUGGCAACUCGAUCCUCAACAAAGGGAGACCGUUUGUGCGAGACUUAAUUCUGCCAUACUCGAAUCGAGUAAUUUGCCACGACGGCCACCGUUGGAAGUGGCCGCGUCUCAUGCAAGAGAAUUGGUACGGUUAAUGUCUCACGCUGGUCUUGGAGCAUGCGGCUUCGCGGUCGUAGAUAAUAUCAUUCAAUAUUGA